AUGCCCUUUUCGGUGGUACAAACCCGUGGAGCAAGGGGCCAUGGAGAACUAUCUGUUGUUCCAGAUUCCUGGGUUCAAGGAACAAGCAGCGGUAAAAUGUAUCUGUUUUGGCCCAACUCUCAAGACCGGGUAAAUACCGAGAUUCUGAAAAAUCAAAAAAAAAUUACUCAUCGUGUGGGAAUAAUAGAAGCACAAUUAAAUACCCUACUUAACUACACCGAUGUGGGAAACGCAGAAGCUGCUUUAGUCGACAAACCAUUAAUAUCUAACUUCGAGGAGCUCAGUGAAUUCGAAAGUAGUUUGAGCAAUGAAGAAUAUUUCCAACAAAUAUCUAAAGCUAAAAAAAUAGAAAUAGUUGAUAAAAAUGUUCAAAACAGGUUGUUUGCGCUUCUUGAUGGCAUUUUUGAUAAAAAUUUUUUGGUUAAAUGUUCAUGGACAGGCAUUUCUAAAACUGGUACCAAAAUAGCAAUGAAUUCAUACAAAAACAUUCUAAAACUGUUUAAACAUGUUGGAAGCACUAACGUAAUAAAAGUGUCGGAUGAAAUGUUAAAAACUUUUCUGAUGAAGAGACUUAAGCAUGCCGAAGAACGUGCUAAAGCUAAAGGGAUACGCAAAUCGUCAUCUCGAGUACGCCAACCAAAAUAA